AUGGGAGAGUCACAAAACAGCGCGGCCAAUGCCUCUCCGCUGGCCGGAAAGUCAAUCCUCUUUGUCGGCGGCGGCACCUUUGGCGUGUCUGCAGCAUAUCACCUGGCCAGCCGUCUAGACCUGGCCACGUCCAAGACCACCGUCACCAUUGUGGACAGAUUCGAGAGCCCGUCGCCCAUUGCCGCUUCGACCGAUCUGAACAAGAUUGUCCGCAGCGACUACUCGGAGCCCAUGUACUCCCGGCUCGGCGUCGAGGCCAUGGCCGAGUGGAAAAAGGACACGGGCAUCUUUGCCGGCAUGUUUCAACAAACGGGUUGGUUCCUGGCUGCGCAAAAUGUCAGUUUACCUUUUAUUGAGGCGUCAGUGGAGAACCAGAAGAAAAUGGGCAUAACGGGGGUCAAAAAGGUGACGCCCGAAGAAGCCAAGCAGAUUAGCCCAACAUUUACCGGCGACAUGAAGGACUGGCAGAUCUGGUGGAACCCCUGGGCUGGCUGGACCACGAGCGGCGAUGCCCUCGCCGCCAUGACACGCGCGGCCAAGGCCCUUGGAGUUCGCUACGUGUCGGGAAAUGACGGCUGGGUGCGAAAACUGCUGUAUAACGCCGAGGGUGCCUGCAUCGGGGCCGAGUCCGCCAGCGGCGCCCGACACUAUGCCGACAUGGUCGUCGUGAGCGCCGGGGCCGCCUCGCCAGAGCUGUUGGAUUUUCAGGGCCAGCUGGUAUCCAAGGGUCAUGUUGUCGGGCACAUCCAAUUAACUCCCCAGGAAGUCGAGAAAUACUCUACGCUCAAGAUUGUGGAUCAUUUUGAACAAGGAAUCAUCUUCCCCCCGAACCGCGAUGGUAUUGUCAAGGUGGCGACUGUCAAUUUCGUCACCAACAAGAAGAAUUUGCAAAAGCCUGGCAUCAGCUUGCCGAGGUACCGGCAGGAUAAUCCAAGGGACGAUAUUCCCAAAACAGUCGAGCGCGAGAUUCGUCAGUGGUUAAGAGAAUUUGUGCCGGACUUGGCGGAUAGAGAAUGGUUCGAGACAAGAAUAUGCUGGGACACUGAUACCAAAGAUCUCCAUUUCCUGGUAGACUCGCAUCCGGAUGUGAAAGGUCUCUAUCUCGCAACGGGUGGAUCAGCGCAUGGCUUCAAAUUCCUCCCCAUCAUUGGCAAGUACGUUGUGGACAUGUUGGAAUCGAAACUCGAUCCCAUGUUUGCCGACAAGUGGGCCUGGCGUCCCGGCCGACAACAUGAGAAGCGCGGUCCUGAUCCUCAUCCCAACCCAGAGCGUGAGCUGAGCGAGUUUGAAGAUUUCUCCAUCAUGAAGCCCCUGGCGCGACUUUAG